UGACAUUUAGAUAUAACAAAAAUUUUCAGUCAGAUUAGGCUUCACAAAUCCAUUAAAAUUUCAGUGUUAUCUUGAAAUAUAUAAAUAUGAUCUUUGUUGAUCUUUGAGAUCAUAGAUCAUUUUCCAAAAAUUGAAAACUAUUCUACAGUUCCUUUUCAGGUCGAAACCAGACACUCGUGAAGUCAAAAUUGAUCUUGAAAAAAAAUUGUCUACGUUGCAAGAAGAUUCGAAUGAAAAUACAUCCAUAAAAAUGCAGGACAGUAGAGCAGCGUUGUGCCAACAAUCAUCGGCUACGCAAGAUGCAGUUCACCACCAAUAUUAUCAGAGUCCAUGCUGUAAAUGUGGAAGGACUCAUUAUCAACAACAAACCACUGUCACCGGAUCGCUAAUGAGAUGUUGCAACCCAAAUUGUCCCGGAAUUCAAAACCAUGAACCCCCUCAAAGACUUCCAAGACAAACUAGUGCAUUGAACAGAAGUGAGUCGUCAGUACGAAAUCAAAUGAUAGAUACCCCCCGCACCCUCUCAUGCAGAGACAAUACAACUCAAAAACUAGCUAGUUCACGGAGACUUCUAUACCAAAGCACUGGGUCGCUGCAGAGAACCCCAACCGUCAGAGAUCAAUCAUGUGGAUCACGUGAACCAGUACCAAUAUCCAGUCUAAGUUUAAAAGCAAAUAGGGAGAUGUAUGGUGAACCAGGACCAAUGUCUACUCAGAGUAUGAGAAAUAAUAGAGAUGUUGUAUCUGGAAAUCCGAACUUCUCUAGCAGUCUUUUAGCACGGAGUCAACAGAAUCAAGAUUUCUACUGCGGUUGUCGAAGAAAUGGUUUGGAUGCUG